CCCCCCCUCCCCUCUCUUUCGCCAUUAUGUAGGAUUUGCCGAGAGCCGGGUUGUUGCAGUGGGGCUGAGGUUGCGGGGAUACUGUGAUGGUGACGAUAAAGGCAGGGAUAUGGCGUGACCUAGAGUAGCGAUAGGGGUUGGGGAGCCAUAGAUAAGGAUGGGGCAAAGCCCUACGGGAUAAAGGCCGACGUAGACGGUGACCGCAGUGGAGGCAGGCGGGGAGGAGGGGGAGGGCGUGUGGCUAGGGUGGCAGAGGCGAUGCCUGUGCGGCCAGGAGCUGCCAGGCUUCGGGUUUCCCGCGGGGAGGAGCUAGUCUGCAGUGGGCGGAGCUACGAGCUGGGCCGGGCUUAGGCUGCGCGCUUCUGUCGGUGGCCCUCUUUCUCUAGCUGCCCAGACUGUGGCUGCCAGCCCGAGCCAUGGGCUGCCGGGCUCUCCUGCUCCUGCCUUUCCUAUCCCUCGGGGCCGCCACGACGAUCCGGUCUAGGUCAGAGACCCUGAGCAGCCUGAGCUUGCCAACCAGCCCCACACCCGACCCUGCUGUAGCCUAUAGCUACUCAGUUCUUUACUUUGAACAGAAGGUUGACCACUUUGGAUUUUCUGACACAAGAACUUUUAAGCAGCGGUACCUCAAAGCUGAUAAACAUUGGAAAAGAGAUGGUGGAUCAAUACUUUUCUACACUGGUAAUGAAGGGGACAUUGUCUGGUUUUGCAAUAAUACGGGGUUCAUGUGGGAUGUGGCUGAGGACAUGAAAGCUAUGCUGGUGUUUGCUGAACACCGCUACUAUGGGGAGUCCCUUCCCUUCGGUGAGGACACAUUCAAGGAUUCCCAACACUUGAAUUUUCUGACAUCAGAACAAGCUCUGGCUGAUUUUGCAGAGUUAAUCAGACACUUGAAAGGAACAAUCCCCGGAGCUGAAGGUCAACCUGUCAUUGCCAUCGGGGGCUCUUAUGGUGGCAUGCUUGCAGCCUGGUUCAGGAUGAAAUAUCCUCACAUAGUAGUUGGAGCUCUUGCAGCUUCUGCCCCUAUCUGGCAGUUUGAGGAUUUGACUCCCUGUGGUAUGUUUAUGAAGAUUGUAACUGAAGAUUUUAGGAAAAGUGGUCCACAUUGUUCCGAGAGUAUCCAUGCAUCCUGGAAUGCCAUUAACCGACUCUCAAGAACAGAGAGUGGUCUCAAUUGGCUCACAGAAACCCUUCACCUAUGCAGUCCCUUGACUUCUGGGGAUAUCCCAAAUUUAAAAGAGUGGAUGGCUGAGACCUGGGUGAACUUGGCCAUGGUGGACUACCCUUAUGAAGCCAACUUUUUACAGCCCUUGCCUGCUUGGCCUAUCAAGGUAGUGUGCCAGUAUUUGGAAAAUUCUAAUGUAUCUGAUACAGUGCUCCUGCAGAAUAUUUUCCAAGCUCUGAAUGUAUAUUAUAAUUAUUCAGGCCAAGCAAAAUGCCUGAAUAUUUCACAAACAGCUACUAGCAGACUAGGCUCCAUGGGCUGGAGCUAUCAGUCCUGCACAGAAAUGGUCAUGCCCUUUUGUACCAAUGGUGUCGAUGACAUGUUUGAACCUUAUCUGUGGGACUUGGAGAAAUUUUCCAAUGAAUGCUUUCAGCAGUGGGGUGUGAAACCACAGCCUCAUUGGAUAACUACCUUGUAUGGUGGCAAAAACAUCAGUUCACACUCGAACAUCAUUUUCAGCAACGGUGACUUAGACCCGUGGUCAGGUGGUGGAGUGAACAAAGACAUUUCAGAUACCCUGGUGGCUGUCUACAUCCCCCAAGCGGCCCACCAUUUAGAUCUUCGAGCCAACACUGCCUUUGAUCCUUCCGCUGUGCUGUCAUCUCGCUUACUGGAAGUUAAAUACAUGAAGACAUGGAUCGAAGAUUUCUACAGAAAUGCCAAAUGGCAGCCCUGAGAAACUUUUAAGGAAUAAUUUUUUACUUUCUUCUUUUAUGUUCACUAAACUCACAUACCCAUUCACUUUGAUUUUUUUAUAUGUAAUUACUUUCCCUCAUUUGUCAUUGUAUUUGUUGGGCCAAGGUCAAGACAGAAGAGCGUGACAGGGGUGGGCGCAGCCAUCCCACCCAGGUGACUGCUCCGUCCUCACUGCCUUUGUGCCAUCUCCAGGAAGAAUGCCAUCCUGGCAGCUCUGAUGUCAUCAGAACUGGCAUGGUUCCUGACUGUCUUUCACCAGAGGGAGAGCCACUUUUCUCCCAAGCGGGGAUGUCUCCUCGGUUUUGAGAUGGAAGUCUCUCUGGCCCAUUGUAAGCCCCCAUUCCUGCCACAAAAGGAAAAGCAGAAGCUGGAUUAAAAACGCUGCAGCUGCAGCUGGUGGGCUGUGUGAUGCCAGUCCAGGAAAGGGCCGCUUCCUGUGAGCUCCAUGACUGCCUUUGAACUGCAAUAAAGAACAGGGCAGACCUACCUGUGUGUUGCUCCCAUCUCGUCCAGCUGUUGGGAAGGCAGUGUGCCUGGGCUGGCUGCUUUCGGGAAGUCCUUUCUUUUUCUCUUUCCCCUUGGCAGCCUUCCUUAGUUCUGGGAUAUUUGCCACCGUUCUGCAGCCAGGAGAAAUCUGGCCUUCUCCUGCUCCGUUUCUCUUUGUUUCUAAGGUCAGUUUUGUGGUGAUCUGGCUAAAUUCUGUCAAUUUAGGAACUCUGCUGCUUUUUACUUUAAAACUGAACAAAUUCUGUUAAUAAAAAUCCUCUAAAAAUUGACAAAUAAGCUA